AUGAUUAGUGAAUUUACCUUAUCACUUUCAACAAUAAGAAAAACAACUCAAAGUAACGCUUUAGUUUCUGUACGUCUAACUAAUUAUGCACUUUAUCAAUUAAGCAGUAGUAUCUAUACAUUUACAAAUCCAUCUUUUUAUGAUAAUUGCAGUUGUGGAUCUACAGCUACAUGUAAAUCUCAAUCAAGGAUUCUGGACUAUGAUAGCGGUGCAUUAUAUUUAUAUGUACCAGGUAUUUAUAUUGGAUGUUAUAUUAUUGAGUCAUUACUUCAAUCUGACCUACGAUGCUUUUAUAAUCAGAGUUGUAUAGAUGAAUUACAGCCAUUUUUAGCAUCAUCUACACGAAUGAAUGUAUCAGCAUUUGAUAAAUCAUUGUUAGUUCAAUUUGUGGAAAACUCAACAAUUCAAGAAAUGAUGGAUGAAUUAAUGAUUGAAACAUGGAACUCAUCAAUAAUGUAUGAUAGUUAUUAUGAUGAAUGUCAACCAUCACAAUGUAUUUAUACUGUUGAGACAAAGAAUGGUGCAAUAUAUAUUAUCACAACAUUAAUUGGACUAGUGGGUGGUUUGAUAACAGCUUUGAAACUGAUUGUGCCACGCCUUGUCAAGUUCGUUAGAAGAAAAAAACAACUGGAAGAGCUACUGCCAGGUAAGGGAAUCUCGUAAAUAAUAACUAUUCUUUGCAUACACGAGGGUUGAAUUUAUAUUAAAUUGAUGAAGGAAAAUGAUAGAGAAUUUGAAGCGUGGUGGCAGUGUAUCAAGCCAAUGUUUUCAAAACGUUUCUAUGGAAAGUAGGUGUGUGAUUGAACUGGACCCCGACACACACAUAUAUAUCAAUUUAUGUAGAUGAGUAAAAAUACCCCAAUACGAACCGCGCUUUUCGAGUAGUGAAUAUACCGAGCUAUCUACACACUGGCUCUGUUAAAAUAUUCGCCUUUUAUGCUUACACUCAGAUUUAUAAUAGAAGAGUAGACAAACAAGCACAUCGAUUCUUUCAAAGAAAACAUAAAUGUUUAGAUUCAUAUGUGUAUUUGGAGGGUAGAUGUGUUGGUUUGACUGUUUUUCAUUGAUGAGUUAAAAAGAAACAUGCAUUCUAAUAGGAUUCAUAUGUGAGUGUUUAUAAUGUAUGGGUAUGAUAGUAACUAUUUAUGUUACGAUGUACACCACGAUUGUAAUUAGUGUUUGACAGUGUCGGUAGACAGUUUAUUUAAAUUGUGCAGUCCUGGCUUAUUAAGUUCCCUGUUUAGAUUGUUGCACAGUUCUAAUGACUUUAACGCUGAUCAUCAAGCUCCCUAUUUCCUCAACUAUAAUAUCCAGAAGUUCUCGAAGAGUUCGAGACUACAUCGACUACAUACUGUUUUUGAUUAACCCUUAAGGAAAGAGAUCAAUUCAAUAAGUAAUUUCGAAGAUCGUGUUUGCCAACCAAUCGAUUCAUAUCGUUGAGAUUAUCGACUUACAGAACUUUUAUUUACGAAAUCUCAAAUAAACCAAGUCUGAUUAGAUAAAGCUUUACUACACAUGUAAACUAUUUUUAUUAAACUCCUUCUGUACAAAACGACAGGAGUAAGAUCUUAUUGAGCAGUCGAAGUUAGUUUUCUGCAGUUCCAUUUUCAUCGGUAAACAGUAGGUCUCUGAUAACUAUAGAUCGAGACUUAGAUCACAUAAUAACGUGGAGAACAUUUAUUUGUUACAAAUAAUAAUGGCAUGAGAAUCUUUCAAAGGGCAUCCAUACAACCUCAAAGUAGCUUCAUCGAUUCUAAAAUAAUGCGUGUAUGGAUGAAUAACGACAGCGUAUCAGGAUAAUCUGAGCAGAGUUAAGAAUUAUUACGUUGAGGUGGUAAUCGCAAUUUAUUUUUUUUUUAAUUUUUGCUUCUACUGUGCAUGUAGGAUUCGAUAUAUUCCUGAUUGAAAAUAUGAAAAACUAACCAGCACAGAAAAUAAAGACUAUAACUUGUGUUCGUGUCUAUCACGUGGCACUGUGGAAUGACAAUAAAAAAUAAUUACGGUCAUAAGAAAUAGUAAACCGCGAAAUGUGAGUCGUAUGGUUUUUAUUUUUGGUCUGUUCUUUAUUAGAUUGAGCAUUCUUGAAAAUUACAACUAUUUAUAUGCAUCAAUGAGUGUUAAAAAUAAAUUUUUCUAAUGAAUUCGGAAAAAUCACGGGCUAUAUGCAUGACAAAAUAUCAUGUCAAGAAAGAUUAAUUAAACUUACACUGAUGCGAAAAUAGUUUGCAUUGUAAAUAAUGAGUCAUUUCAAUUACUUAUUUAAUUAGAAAAACAAAAUACAAAUCGAAUACGCAGUAUUUUCAUAUCACACCAACUCUGAUUACUCUCCGGACAACUUUUGUUUAGAUGAACCCAUAUUACAAAAGACUGAGUUUAUAUGUUGCUUAGAAUUAUACCUUCAUCUUCUAUCAUGGAGAAAAGGAAUACACAUCGUGUGUGUCGAGAGAAAUAUUAAAAUAACUGUCAAAACUAAAUAAUGUGUCAUUCAAGGAAUGAAUUUUACGUCAACGUCAUAAUAGAAACAAUAAACAUCUUUUUAUUUUCAUCCCACAUAACUGCAUUACAAUAAUUUUUUUUGUAGAGAUGAACGUGAAAGAGCGAAUCCAAAUAUUAAAACAAGAAUUUAUACUCUUUUUUCGACACCUUAAUUUUUUUCUAUCAACACCACCUUCAACCGAUGAACAUCAACUUCGGAAUCAAAAAAUAUCAACAAGAUUAUUCAUUAUUUUAUUAAUCACAUCGUUGAUCAUACUUCUUUUGUAUAAUUCGUUGGUAAAUGUCACAAAAACUGUCAACAUUCAUGCACCUACUAUCACACAAUAUUCACAGUUAUACUCAACAUAUCCACAAACGUUGACAUGUCCAUGCACAAAAAUAUCAAUUAGUUAUGAUAAGUUUCUUCAUUUUCAAUACACAUUUCAUCCAGUCUGCAAUAGUGUUUUUAUCACCCAACAGUGGUUUGAUUAUCUGCCGUCAUCUCUUCAAAAUAUUAUCUACUACAACACUGAUUUUCGAGCAACAGGCUCAUCUACAUUUCAGGCAUUGAAUGCAUUUUGUGAAUUAGUCAAUCAGACAAUAUUCAAUCGUUUACUUCAGUUCUAUGCAAGUGAUUAUAUCAGUGCAUCUGCCAUACCUUCACACAUAUUUCAAGUACAAACCGAGUCCUU